AUGCCAAGCACGAUUUAUGACUCUGAGCCACAGCUGCGCGAAAAGAUGGCGGCGCCCACCUGCAGAAAGAUGCUGCGAGAGUGCUUCGGCGAGUACCGGGUAGGCAGCAGGAAAACCGAUAUGUGCACCCACUGCAACACGUUCCACUGCCAGCUGGUCCCAGAUUUCAAGCAAUUCAUGCAGAAAGCUCGGCGAGAUCUUGAGGUUGUGCUUCCAGUGUAUUUCCGUGCAUGGGACGCUGCAGGCAGAGCAGCAGAGGAUGCUCAGAACGGUGACUGGGCCAAGGUGGCAAGUGCUUUGCUGAAAUAUAUACACACUCACCACAGCAGAUUCCAGAACGAGCGCGAAACUUUAUCCCGAGCAGACAGGCUGACCCUAUUCUCUGAAGUGGAGGCGCCUAUAGAACUGGAAUUGAAAGGGCGCCUGUCCUUGCUUACUGCGUUCCAGUGGCACAUGGUGUCAGCCCGAAGGCAAGGCGAAUAUUUUCGAAGCCUUAUAGACAAGCUGGCGCAGGAGCACUACCUCAUGGCGUACGAUUUUCGGCAGAAAUUGAGAUUGCCAUUGGCGCCGACUGAGACAGGCCCUAUGUGGCAUUGUCAACAAAAAGUUUCGCUGGCAUGCUGGGGGGGCGUCUUCGUAAAGCAUUCAACUAAAUCCACUGUGGCACAGCCGCAAGUCGACCUGACCUUCCUGCUGUUUUUGUCGGAAGUUGUGGAGCAACCGGCAGAGGCCAGCAACUUGAUGUUGCAAGAAGCCUUGAAUGCAACUGGCGCGCCAUUCUCUGGCACUUUGCAGCUGUGGUCAGAUACAGGACCACAUUUCCGCAGCGCGGGGAAUCUUUUUUUCUACGCCCGAAAGUUGUGUCAGGCGCGGAAGCAGCCGAUCCAGAUUAGAUGGCUGGCAGAGCAGCACGGAAAGAGCAUCCUUGAUGAGAUGUUCGCAUGGACCGGCACGCACCGAGAUGGCUGGCUCGGAAAGCACGCUGCCCGCUUUCCGAUUUACAAUAUAGACGAUAUGGCGCAAGCUCUGAAGACGGGUGCUGCUGCUCAGAUGCAGAAGGACCCAAGCGGGCCAAAAUGGAUUGUCAAAAAGGUACGCUACCCAGAAAGGAGGGCAAGUGUCAGACAAUUUCUGCAUGCGCCUUCCUUGAAAAUAACAGGAACGUAUGCCUUGGAUGCGGAGCCGCACCACGGGCAAGCGCCUGUGCCUCCAGCGUUGGUCAACAGAAUUUUCGCAGACAGUGAUGACCGGUGCAGGGUGCUAGACUGGAAACUGGAGACCUUGACCGAGGAUGCCCCCGAGACUUGGCGCAAAACCUUCUUCGACGGGCCCAAGCCAUGGGAAGAAGAGGUUGACUGGCGGGCCGAUCAUCACCUGAAACGGGUGUAUGAAGCCCAGCGGAACCGGCCUCCUCCAAGACAGAUCUUGCCAACCAAGACCUUGUAG